UUGCUUAUUAUGUUGUAAUACCAAGUUAUUGUUAAGUUGUUUUAACUAGCACAAGUUGCGAUUAAGUAAAUUAUAUUCACUAAUUUGCGUUGCGUAAUAAAAUUUCCAUUCCAUGAAUCAUGAUCAAAUGACGACUGAACAAAAUUGUUUGCGUACCCACACAUUAACAACAAAACGGUCGAAACUGAACAAACAUUUUGUUAUUUUUACAAGUUUUAUUAGCAACAAAAUUACAUCAUUUACAAUGUUCAAAAAUUCACGUGUCCCAAAUUAAAGUUGGUGCUUUUUUUUUCCCAGACAUAACCCCAACUUAGUUGGCCACACUGAUUCCACAAUUCAAACCUGUUUAACGACUCCACACAAAUAUAAACAGGAAUAAGUCAGUUUUGGGGUUGUUCUUAUACGAUUAUGGCCCAAACACGCCAAACAAUCAGCCCGCCCACUUAUUUACGUCGUUUCAUAGACGAACCGGAGAUUGUGUUCUAUUUUAAUAUCGCUCCUAACAACGAUACUCUGAAGGAUGAUACCAUUACCUACGACGUUAAGCAAGAGAGUGUGACUGAAGAUCUGGACUUGACAGGGAAUCCUCUUCAGGUCGACUUAGCUGAUGAUAAUUCAAUAGCUGUUCUGGCAAACUUAGAACACGGGUAUAACUGGACAUCACAGGAAACCAAAUAUUUACCCCAUGAAUUAAAUGUUGCCAGGAACAUCAUAAAUAAACUUAACGACAAUGGACCGUACAAGAAUAAUUUGCCAGUUUUUUGCCUGUGUGACGGACUGGAUUCCCAGAAAGUUAUCAUGUUGGGGUCCCAUUAUUCCAACACCACGAUAAUGACAUGUUCCAUUAAAAUCAUAGACCUCCUUCACCGCGACCACAAACUAUUUAAAAUGGAAAACUUGAAAAAGGAACAUUAUUUGAAUUCCAAAAUAUCAACUAAGGUGGAUUACUUAAUUAGUAAGAAAUAUUUUGUGUACGGCUAUAAUUUGCAAGGAAUAAAUAACUUUAACACAGAAAUCAGUGGUUCAGUCGCACUCGAGGUAACAACAAAAGAUGACAACACCAUGACAAAACCAGAAAGCAUAAAAAUGAUACAACAAUUAAUUGUAGGCCAUGAAAAUUCUGAGAUCCUAUCAGUGUGGCAAGAAUUGUGCCAUUUGUACAAAUACUUUGAUAUUUUAACUGAUCCAGAUAAACAAAAGGAUGAAGAAACAGUAAUUAAUGAAGUCAUUAAAAAUGAGUGCGAACUGAGAGAUUCUAUUCAUGAGCUGCUCAACACAUUAAUCCCUCUGCAACCUGACAGUAAAGAAAAAUUAGAUGUUAACAAUUUAAGACAAGAAGAUAUUUUAGAUAAAUUGUGGGACAUACUAAAAUAUUGCAAUGAUUUAUCAACUUUGCGGGACUGUUUCACUUAUUUCUUUGAAGAAUUGGCAAUUUCAGAAAGUUACAUACAGUUCAAUGAGUCAGAUUCAACCCUUGUUGCCAGGAUUGCCAGUGGAAUUUUGGGGGGAAAAGUUUCUGUGCCUACCCUCUCAUUCAGCCAAUCUUUAGAAUUGUUGUAUGAACUUGGUGCUGAAAAGCUAUUGAAUGAUUAUAUAGCUAUUAUAAAUCAUUUCUACUCCGUACCUCAGGAUGACAUCUACAAACAUUUUAAUAAGCAAAGUGAAGGUAAAUCCCAGCAAGAUACGCACAGGAUAACAAGAAUGACCAUGGCCAGAUCUGAAACUCUCACAUCCCCCGACUUGAAUAAUUAUAAAUUAAAUUAUUUAGGAUACAUGCACAUCGCCGCAGAGAUGAUACUGUUGGUUAAAACACACGUUUCCCUCUCGUCAGAAAACUUCGACAGCUUUUGCGGCCAAGUUUACAGCAAAUACUUGAACGAUAAGCACAAAAAUUCAUUUACCGAAUUUAACGUGCUGUUAAAUAACAGGCUGGUCGAGUCUACCUUUAAUUUAAGGUCUUCAGAUAAUCUAAUAAGGGAGGAAUGUUUGGAUAUGUGGACAGUUAGUAUGACAAGCCAAGCAAAUAAAUUUAGAAUAAAUACAGCAUUUAAUUUUUCAAAAACACCAAUAUUCCCCCCAAAUCUGUUUGAUAAAUAUAGUGAUGUUGAUUCUCAGGACUCAUUUUAUGUCACAAAGUAUGUUAGGCAUACUCAUUAUUUAAAAUAGGUGUAAUUUUUAUUUUUGAAUGAUAAGUUAUAUUUAAAUUUUAUAUAUUGCAUUUUUAUAAUAAAAAGUUAUUGAAAUCUG